AGCCAUCUAAAACGCGCCAUUCUGGAGAUCAUCGCAUCCGGGGUGGCGUCGAGCACGACCGAUCUGGAAAGCUUCGUCAACUGUACCCUGUUCAGUUGCGAGAAGAAGUGUCGCUUCUCGUUUACCAUAGAUUCACUGGAACAAAGCCAUCGACCUUCGGCAUGGUCCAAGAAGGACAAAUCGGAUGUCAACGGGGAAACGGAAAACAUAGACCCGAUAGCAAGCUGUGUCCGCUUUCUACUGGAAUACGAGUUCAUCCGGCUGCAGACCAAUGCGGAAAGCGGUGAAUCGUUGCUAGUAUCCACUCCGCUUGGAAACGCAUGCUUGUCGGCCUCGAUGGCCCCUCGGGACGGGUUCCUCUUGUUCAGCGAGUUGCAAAAGUCCCGGCAAUGUUUCGUGCUGGAAUCGGAACUGCACGCCAUCUACCUGGUGACUCCGUACUCCGUCAGUUACCAGUGGCAGAACAUCAGCUGGGUGGAUUUUCUCGAGCGUUGGGAAAACAUGGACCCGGCGAUGCGACGAGUCGGCGAGCUGAUUGGCAUUCGCGAUGCUUUUUUGGUGAAGGGAUUGCGCGGUAAGAUCGGUGAGGCCGACCACGGCACUCUGAUGACACACAAACGGUUCUACACGGCAUUGGCGUUAAAGCGACUGGUCGACGAAGAACCCCUGAGUGCGGUGGCACAACAGUUCCAGUGCUCUCGUGGUUUGCUGCAAAGUUUGCAGCAAGUGGCGUCCACGUUUGCAGGUAUCGUCAUGGCGUUCUGCAAAUCGCUCAACUGGAACCUGCUGGCGAUGAUCAUCACCCAGUUCCGAGAACGGCUCUAUUUCGGAGUGCAACCGGACCUUCUGGACCUGAUGCGAAUCUCCAGCUUGAACGGCCAACGAGCCCGAUUGCUGUUCAACGCUGGCGUUACAGGGCUGCUGGAUUUGGCCAAUAGCGAUCCGCUCAGGAUCGAGCAGAUCUUGUACAACUGUAUCAGCUUCGAGACGGAACAGCGACGCAAUGGCGAAGAGGAAUUUGAAACACGACGCAGACUCAAUCAGCGCAAUCUCUACGUGACGGGGAGGGCUGGUCUGACCGUGCAGGAGGCUGCUCAGUUGCUGGUAAAGGAAGCCCGUCAGUAUAUUCAGCUGGAGAUGGGGGUUUGUAAUCCGAAUUGGGAGGAGAGCGAAGAGGCGGAUAAAUCACUUGUAGUGGAGAAGGUUGAGAGUGAAAACCUUUUCUCGCCUGUUCAGGCGAUUGAGCAAAAAGAAACGGAAGUAAUUUCAGCACCUCAACAACCACGACAGCAGAUUCCCUCGGUGACAUCGUUCGAAGUAUCCGAGUUGGACAGUGACAGAGAAAUCGAAAAGCUUCACAAUUCACUGAUAAUGAACUUUUCGCACGUGAUGAAUGAUGAUAAAAUUUCAUCUCAGCAGCCCGGUGGCGGGAAGUACGACAGUUUGAACGUAGUAGACAUUUGCGCUGAUACGAGUUUGUACGAAAAAUUUGCUGGCAUACUAGAUCGGUCCGAUUCUGUUAGCGUAUCGUUCGCUGUUGGCCAGUUUGAUCGUUCCAAAUCAGUCAUCGGUGGCAAUUUGCUGAUCAACCAGCAAGUGAAAAGCAAGCAAGAUGAAAUAGUACAAAACUAUCCGUUCCUGUUUGACGAGAAUCUCUAUCUGAGCGGUGUUGCAUUUACCUUUCCGACAGUUGUCGCAGAAGAGUCCGAAAAUGUGGUAUAUUACCUAAAUCUUCUAAAGGGUACUUCAGUCAAAUGCGAGCAAAAGAAACGACUAGUUGCGAGAUUGCUGGAGCGAGAGACUAGCACUGUUGACCUGUACGAUGCCAAGGAGCAGCUUAAGAUGGUCUACCGAAGUGGAUUACUGUCGUUAGAGCAAGAAGUGAUCGCCAGCAUACGCGAUCCCAAGGUAGCCUGUUGGCUGCUGCAAGUCGAGGAAAAGAUUAUUCCACUGCAAGCAAUGAUCCAGCAGUACUGUCCAGAGCUUACUUCACUGUGCCAACUGGCGGGUCAUUGCCCCGGAUCCACUGGUCCCGGUGCAAAUUACAUUAGCACGAUCGAUGCAAAAAUUAGAUGCACCGUAGAGAGCUUCCUCGUGUCACACCUAAUCCGUGCUCAGGUAGCACAGUUCGAUCAGCUGGAUCGAACGCAGGAGUUGCUACCCACUUUCACACAACGGGAAAUGCCCAUCCACGGAGCCCUUGCUCGGAUGGAGCUGGUGGGAUUCCCGGCCGAUGCCAACAAGUUAGCACACCUGAUCGAUCGACUCAAGGCGGCCAAAUGUCGGAUCAGUGACCGGGUGCGAACGUUGAACGGUGGCCGUCAGUUAAACUUCGGAUCCUCUAGUGAAGUGGCUGCUGCCCUGAAGGUUCCCCGGGAACGGAACGGUAGAGUGAAAACCUGUCGCCAGGUGCUGGAAAAGAUUGAGUCCCCGUUGGCGUCGUUGGUCAUUGCAUACCGAAAGAUUGAAAGUAAUUUAAUGCGAACGAUCGAACCGCUGUACAGGGCUAUUCGGGAUGGAAAGCGGAUUUACGGCAACAGCUGUUGCUUCACUUCGACGGGGAGAAUAUCUAUGCAUGAGCCUAACUUGCAAACCGUUGUGAAGGAUUUCAAGGUUGAAAUUGAGCCCGGUCUAGUCGAGGUGUUCAGCUGUCGCAGCACUUUUGCCUGUUCAAAUCCGGAUCGAAUCCUUCUAUCGGCAGAUUUCUGUCAGCUGGAACUGUGCGUCCUGACGCAUUUGUCUCAAGACCGAAAACUGCUGGCCGUGAUGAACGGUGGGAAGGACGUCUUCCGUGGAAUAGCGGCCAAGUGGAAUCAUCUGGAAGACGAAUCGCUAGUAUCGGACGAACUUCGGAACUACACCAAGGCCAUCGUGUACGGAGUGAUCUACGGAAUGGGCACCAAAUCGAUGGCUGCCGAGUUGCACGUAGAGGAAGAUACGGCCCGGACGCUGAUGGAGCAGUUUCACUCGACCUAUCCGGAAAUUCGGCGGUACGCGGACAAGGUGAUUCAGGUGACCAGGGAACGAGGCUACAUUGAAACGCUCACCGGUAGGAGGCGUUACCUGCCGGCUAUUUGCAGCGUUGAUACUCGGAAACGGUCCGAGGCGGAACGGCAAGCUGUGUGUACUACGGUUCAGGGUUCUGCGGCGGAUAUCCUGAAGAAUGCUAUCCUGCGGAUGAUGCGCAAUCUGAGAAAGUAUCGUCAGACGCUUCGACUCGGGCAGGUUGAGCUGGUGCUGCACAUGCACGAUGAACUAAUUUUCGAAGUGCCACGCGAUCAGGCUCGCAAGGUGGCCAAGAUUCUCAAGUCCAGCAUGGAGAACUGUGCGAAGCUCAGCUUGCCGCUGAGAGUUAAGGUAAAAAUGGGACCCAGCUGGGGCGAGAUGCAGGAAACUCAAGUGUGAUAUGGAUGAAAGUUGAGAGACUGAACUUUAUUUGUACUAAAUUGAGGACUUGCGUUUGUCAUUUAUUCGAAAUCCAUGGGUUUUGUGGGGUAUUUGAGCGAUAAGUUCCACAGCGUAUAAGACGCCAAUUACAUAUUAUCCUCGAUUUUCUUAAGCAAUAAACGGUAUUAUCACAGUCAAAUAGACGUAACUGUUAGAGGAAAUUAAUAAAAAAAACUUUUGCCCGGUGUCUUUGUCAUGAUAACUCUGUCACCUGUUGGUAGAACCGCGCGAGACACUGUCGGCCAUGAUAGAUUUCAGUUUGACGUUUAUCUAACACGCACACUACUACACAAAAUCGCCUGUAAUUUUCGUUCGCAUCAUUCAGCAACGUGUACAGUACACUGGCAAACGUCAAAGCGAUAGAACACUAGCGCCUCUAGUAGAAGGAUCGCGGAAAGAAAAUGAAAUUGAAUUGAUCGUUAAAUGCAUGUGCCAAGUCGUUUUGAAGAGUGUUACGUCUAUUUGUCUGUGAUAUGAUCCUUGAUUUUAAUUUGCGGUUUAACUGUAGUGCGCCGAUUUCAGCGCAUUAAAAGUAAAUCUCGAAUUUACAAGAAAUGACUGCAUCCGGAAUUAAAUGGGCUCGCAUACUACGCAAUCAUGUUAGAGGAUGUUUUGCGUAAAUUCCUUGAUGAAUUUCUGAAGAAAUUCAUGAAAA